AUGUGUGAGCUGGAUGUGGUUCAUGGCUUGCCAGAUGAUUGCCAAUGUGCAGAGGUGGAGGACCUCUUCAACCGCUUUGGCAAGGUGGAUUAUGUGUUCAUUCCUCCUCGAAAUUUGCGUCGAACAGAGCCAGGCUUUAUAAAGUUCUGGAGUCCGGAGCAUGCGAAGGCAGCUCUCCACGCCUCUCAAUCUGGCGCAGUGACGCUUCACAACAACCGACUCCACUGCGAGUACCAUCGCUCGAAGGCGGCCAGACCUAUGCAAGUUGAUGGUGGUAGCACCAGCAGUACUCGCCCCCUAGAUCCGCCGCCGCCACCGGCCAAUCCUGCAUGGGCUCAGAAUGCCGCUUGGGGCAACAUGCAGCCUCUCGCGGAGGUGGACAGAUAUGCUGAACUUCUCCGGAAGAAGGUGAGUGAUGUGAAGGAGCAACUGAAGAGCGUGGUGGCCGCAUCCGUGCUGGAGCAAGCGAAGAUCUUUUCUUCCGAGCGGACUCAGUCUCAGCACCGGGCUGGGCCUUUGGCGAUUCAGAGGCCGACCGCUGCAAGGCGCUCCGAGGGCAUCUUCUUGGAGUUCUCCUGCUGGGACCCCGAGGCCAAAGACCACAGUCUCAUCGAUCCAGUGGAGGUGCCGAUCUAUUCCCUGGCGAUCUCGGCGGCUCUGGAAGCCAUGCGGCGCAUGCCCAUUGUGUUGGACGGGGACGUGAGCGAGUGUAAUGAUGAUGCUGAGUGGGAAUGUGUAGACACUGAUGCCACGAGCGUUCGCGCAGAUCGAAGCGCAGAUCGAAGUGCAGAUCGAAGCGCAGCUUGGGGAAAGAUCAUCGGACAUGGCUUGAGAUCCGCUCAGUUCCAUUCCACCCUCUCGGGCGAGCUGAUGGUGUGUUUGGCCUACCAAGAUGCUCGCUUGAAGUACCUGAAGAAAGGUGAAGUCCUACCUGAAGAGGAUGGCAACACCUUCGAGACUUCUUCUCAGGGGCAAACAUGGAAAGCGGCUGCUGCAGAGUUUAAGGCUCUACUGCACCAGGGCGUUGAAGCAGCGGGCGUCCAAGGAUCCAAGAUUGAUGUGAUCGGGCGCUGGAAGCGGCGGCGGUUGGUUUUGGGCCGCGACUUUGUUCAGGAGUCCUUUGCACUGGAGGAUGGUCGGACCUUAACUUACCAUCAGCCUGAGGGGCAAUUUUCCAACCCGAAUGCAAGUUGCGAGGUGCAUUGCUUAAAUUGGCUAUGCCAGCAGGCCAAAGAAGCCGUGGCACAAACCAGGACGAGUCGGUCGUCAUCCCCCGUGUUGCUGGAACUCCACAGUGGAGGUGGCAACAAUACUGUUGCAUUGGCACCCACCUUUCAAGAAGUGCGAGCAGUCGAGAUCAAUAGGAUCUUGGCUGAAGCUGCGGAGGAGAACUUGAAGAUGAACAACAUCAAGAGUAUCAGAUGCACCAGGAACACGCGCGUGGUCAGGGCAGACGCGGCGGAGAUCGACGUGGCAACCUACACAGGGUGCCACAUCGUUCUCGUGGAUCCCCCGCGGGCAGGCCUUGACGAGAAGACACGGGAGACUGUUGCGAGAAUGGAUCAGAUCUUGUACGUUUCCUGCAAUCCGCUAGCCCUCGCAUCUGACUUGGAGUAUUUGCGUGAAGGCUUUCAGGUGGUUUCGCUGGCCAUUUUCGACAUGUUUCCGUACACGAGCCAUUGCGAGUGUGCAGUUCGAGUCCAGCGGAAACCAGCUCAAAUUGAGCGGCACCCCAAUCGCGCUGCAGCUGGCAGAAAGACCUGGCUCAUUGUCCCGCUGUUCUUCACCAUACUAGGUGCUCUCUAUGCAUUGUGGAAGAAGCGUGUGCGGCGACGCAAAGCGGGCCUAGGGUGA